AUGGCCAAACAAGCAUGCUGUUCCUUUCCGUUCUUGAAGCACCGGAUAGCAUCGGAUCCAACCACCACCACCAUCCAUCCUGUGAAAUAUUGCGCCAAAUAUUCAAUAGUAUUCUUUUUGAAAAUGUUAUUCAAUGGAGUGCAGUGGAUGGGUUGGUUGUGGGCAGUGACCAUCUCGGAACAAGUAUCACUGCUUCUCAACCUUGUUGAAUGGAGGGACCUUCUUGUCAUGUUUUCCAUUACAUGCAACGAAAUAUUGUGUUCACAACUUUUUGGAAGACUAUUACUAGUGCUUGAAAAAAAGUUAUGGACAUUCAACACGAAUGAACAACAGGACUAUUGGAUUGGAAUUUACAAAGGCAUGUUGGGAUGUGUUGCCUCAGGUAUCAUGUUCGAUUUUGUGGACCGAGCUGCAUCCAAAUAUUUUCAAAAAGUAAUGUUUAGUGACGUUUCAGUACUCGUAUUGAGAUGUUUAUUUGUUUUUACUCUUGAUCGAGCUGUCUAUGCAGGUGUGAUCUUUUUCUUAAAUCAAUUGGAAUAUAUAAGUCGAAUUAAGGAAAUGCACCAAGAGCAUCCAAGUUGCAAGAAUGCUGAAACCACCACCAUGAUCACCAAUAAUAAUCACACCAAUUCCAACAUCACAACCAUUAGAGAUUCUUUCAAGUCUCCACUUUUCAAUGAAUUUCUAACUUCCUACUCCUUUUCAACGAAUAUUGAGGGAGCUAGCAUUGCAGGAUAUUCAGCUAUUCUCUACAAUUUAUCCACCGAAUUGGGAAUUUAUAUCUCCAACCAUUUAGGAACGCCAAACACUGUUUGGAUACAAUCUGGAGUUUCUUCACCAUUGGUUUUGAUUUUUACAGCAUUUGCAAUGGUUUUAAGCAUGAUGGAAUUGACUUUGUUUUGCAUUUCGAAAAGACUAUUGCUGUAUGUCACAACAACAUGUUGUUGGUUAAAUAGAAGAGCAAAUGAUCAUUCAUGA